AAAGUGCUUCGAAAAUACGAAAGGCUUAGAAAUGGUGGUGACGUCUUUCUCUUCACCGCCGCCUAUCUUCUUCCUCCCUGGAGCUGAUCCUCACCUUUCUUCUUCCAAUGGACGCCUCGCAAUUCCUUCCUCUUCUCUCGCAAAGGGAUUAAGAAGACACCAAGAUUCAAAAUUGGUGGGAAACAGGGCCAGAGGUGGAGUAGUUCGAGUCCUAGCUAAUCCAAAUGUAUCUCCUCCUCCUCCUCCAGGAAAAGCAAAGGUCAAAAAAGAGGUUAUCAUGGUUGACCCUCUUGAAGCCAAGCGGUUAGCUGGUAAGCAAAUGGAAGAGAUUAAAGGCAGAGAGAAGCAACAGAGAAGGCGUGAAAUAGAGGCUAUAAACGGAGCGUGGGCAAUCAUAGGACUCAUGAUAGGACUUGUGAUCGAAGCCCAAACGGGGAAGGGCAUUCUGGCUCAGCUGGCUGGUUAUUGGUCUGCGGCUGUGCAUCUAUUCACUCCAUCAGCAUAGAAUCUACCCAGUACACUAAACAGAACAUUGACCAUGUCUUGUUGAGUUUCAUUUGGUUUUACUCUACUCUCUACUGUGACCAGAACUAAUGUUAUGUUCAUAUAAGUUGUUAAAACACAUCAUAUUACACUUUGUAAAUUGUCUUUUAUGUCAAAAAUCUAUUAUUUUGUAAAA